CCCUCUCAUUAUAUAUGUGUUGGUGUCACGCUUCAUUACGGAGUAAAACGGCUGACAUUUUUUCUCCAAAAGUAUAGAGGUGAAAACGUUCUUUGCAUUAAAAGCUGAAAAAAUAUAGAAGUUUUUAGAAUUGCGAUAUUCGCUUAGUUGCGGUCGUGCUGUUGGCUAGCAAUUUUCACCCCCGCUUGGCAAUGGCUGGCGGAUCCGGUACGAAGGUGGUGCAAAUCACCAACAUUGCCCCACAGGCUACGAAAGAUCAGAUGCAGAGUCUGUUUGGUCACCUCGGCAAGAUCGACGAAAUUCGCCUCUACCCAACUAUUCGAGAUGUGUCCUGUCCGGUGGUGUCCCGCAUUUGCUACGUGAAAUACUUCGAAACUAGUUGCGUCGCCGUGGCUCAGCACUUAACAAACACGGUCUUUAUCGAUCGGGCGCUGAUUGUGAUUCCCAUCCAGGGUGGAAUGAUACCCGAUGAGUACAAAGCAUUGGAGAUGGCUGCCAAUGGUACUUUGGUUCCAGGAUUGCACAGCAUAGAUGCCCCGUCUAAGCUUCCACCGGAAGUCGUGAACCGCAUAGAUGGGAUGGUUCCCAAUCAGGUCGUUAAAACAAGUGAUCCCAAACUGGACGAAAAUAAUCUUCCUGAGUAUCCACCGUUGCCGGUAAACUUUGAUGCAAAGAAAAUCGAAGAAACACGUCGUACCGUUCUGGUUUUGGACAUUAAGUCGGACUGGCGCUUGGAGGAUUUGAUGGAUCAUUUUAAAUCAGCCGGUGAAAUAAAGUAUGCACGCAGUGCUGAGAACGAUCGAUCGCGCUAUGCUUUGCUAGAGUUUUGCGAACAGAAAAGCAUCAUUGCUGCUUUAAAAUUGCAAGGUUCCGAAUUCCGGGGCUAUCGGCUGAACAUUCACCACUCAACGCAGCCUAUCGUGAAGCCGGAAGCGAAAAGCAACGAGGCGGCACAGAAGGAAAUCGAAGAGGCGAUGUCAAUCGUAAAGGAAGCCCACAGUAUGAUUUCGGCGGCUAUUGAUCCGGUUAUUGGAAUGCUUGCUAAGGACAAAAGCUCUAGUCGUCGAAGGUCAAGAUCGCGUUCUCGUUCCAAGGAUCGCCAUUCGCGAUCACGCUCACGCAAACGUUCAAAGUCUCGCUCAAAGAGAUCGCGAUCACGCAAACGUUCCCGGAGUCGUUCCAAAAGUUCCCGUUCUCGUUCGAAACGCUCUCAUUCGAAGCGUUCACCUUCGAGAAGCAAACGGUCGCGGUCUCGCUCGAAGCGUUCCCGUUCCCGCGAUCGUCGCAAACGUUCACGUUCUCGUCGGCACAGCAGAUCCCGUUCCCGUGAUCGUCGUCGUUCACGUUCACGCUCCGAUCGUAAACGGUCCCGAUCACGUGAGCGCCGUGAUCGCAGCCGCGAGCGUAAAAAAUCUCAUCGCACGAAGGAAGAGCGCAAACAUCGCUCGCGUUCCCGUUCGCGCAGCCGUAAGCGUUCUUCGUCCCGUAGCCGCGCGAGCCGUCCGAAAGAUGUUGUUGCUCGUUCGUCCAAAAGACGCAGCAAAUCGACUGAUAAGCGACUGAAAAAGAUUUUGGAGGAAAGCGUGAGUCGAGAUUACGACGCAGAGGAACGCCUUGGCGGGGAAGAUGAUAACGGUGUGAAGGCUUCCUCACCAGUGGUUGUGCGUGAGAAAACGACUAGUCCGACGACAGAAAAGUCGGACAAUAUGGACAUUUCCAAUUCACCGUGAAAUAGUUUCCCGAAGUUUGAUCAACUGGUCCCACACUUUUUACUGGUCAUAGUUUUCCUCUGCUAAACUGUAAUGAUACAUUCUUCUCUGAAAUGUACAACACCCUUUCUGUAGCACUUUGAAAAUGUAUGAAAUUAAAUAUUCUUUCAGAAAUAGACAGACGAA